UACAGUUCGACCUACUCAGUCGCAGGAGCGCACCCUAUCCUCUUAUCCCGGUUUCGCAAUCAUCUGCUCCUCUCCUAUCCCAGAGCUCGCGCUUCCAUCCUUCUCCGAAACUUGGAACUGGAGCUGGAUAGCUUUAGUAGUAGGUACUCGAACCAGAAAGUAAAAGCUACAGCACGACUCCCGCUUUCACCAUGGUCGGGCCCUUAGCGGCCUCCUCCUCUACCACCCUCCUCCUACCUUAUAGAGCACCAACGCUUCUCUACCCAGUACCUUCUUUUCCAUCAUCUCUUCCCGCUCAAAUUCCAUGGAGGAGGAUAUCCGAGAUUGGAGCAAGCAGUGGUUCAAGAAGGGGAUUCCGCCGGCUCCAGGUUUCUAAUGUCGCCGUCCCUGAAGUGAGCUCGACUACAGAGGUUAGAAGAAUAGCUGCCAAGGAAGUCCAACGUCCGGUUUACCCCUUCGCUGCAAUUGUUGGCCAGGAAGAGAUGAAGCUAUGCCUCCUACUUAAUGUCAUCGACCCAAAGAUUGGUGGCGUCAUGAUAAUGGGAGACCGAGGCACCGGGAAGUCAACAACAGUUCGUUCACUGGUAGACUUGCUGCCAGAGAUUAAGGUGGUCAUUGGCGACCCGUUCAACUCUGAUCCUGAUGACCCAGAAUCUAUGGGGAUGGAGGUUAGGGAGCGUGUCAUCCAGGGAGAGGAGAUUCCUGCUACAACCAUCAAGAUUACCAUGGUUGAUCUCCCACUUGGAGCCACUGAGGACCGAGUUUGUGGAACCAUUGACAUCGAGAAGGCCCUCACCGAGGGUGUGAAGGCCUUUGAACCUGGACUCUUGGCCAAAGCCAAUAGAGGCAUUCUAUACGUUGAUGAGGUCAAUCUUUUAGAUGAUCACUUGGUAGAUGUUCUCUUGGACUCUGCUGCGUCUGGCUGGAACACAGUGGAGAGAGAAGGGAUAUCCAUUUCUCAUCCUGCUCGCUUCAUUCUCAUCGGUUCUGGAAACCCUGAAGAAGGAGAGCUAAGGCCACAGCUUCUUGAUAGGUUUGGAAUGCAUGCUCAGGUUGGCACAGUGAGGGAUGCAGAGCUAAGGGUGAAGAUUGUGGAGGAGAGGGCUAGGUUUGAUAUGGACCCGAAAGGAUUCAGGGAAUCCUAUAGGACAGAGCAGGAGAAGCUCCAGCAGCAGAUUACAUCAGCUAGGAGUAACCUGUCUUCAGUUCAGAUUGAUCAUGAUCUCCGAGUGAAGAUAUCUAAGGUGUGUGCAGAGCUAAAUGUGGAUGGUCUCAGAGGAGAUAUUGUGACAAAUAGGGCUGCUAAAGCAUUGGCAGCCUUGAAGGGGAGAGACAGAGUGACACCAGAUGAUGUGGCUACUGUAAUACCUAAUUGCUUGAGGCACCGGCUUCGGAAGGACCCUUUGGAAUCUAUUGACUCUGGGUUGCUUGUCAUAGAAAAGUUUUAUGAGGUGUUCAAUUAAGCCAUCUCUGAGAGGUAAAACUGUAAUUCUUUAAGUACGAAUCUCGGCUGAAGCCUUUUUUCUCAGAUGAUACUUUGUUUUUGACGUUGUUUUUGUCUCAGUUUUUAGUUCUAUCUUGUUUUAGUUUACCUUUUAGAAGAUUGGUAUGAUAUGUAGGAGAGCUUUUUCCUUA